UCCGCCCCUCAGCCGACCCGCCCAUUCCUCUUCCCCUCUCUCGCCUGCCGAAAGCUGGUCCUUGCCCCGCAGACAUGCUCCUCAAGACUUCCGCCCUCCUGUCGCUCGCCGCCGCUGCCGUCGUGCCCGCGGUCCUGGCUGCCCCGGCCUGCCGAGAGGUCUGCCAGGAGACCGGCCACUCGCCCGUCUACACUUCUUGCGACGCUGUCCGCGAGUGCCCCUCGGGCCAGGUCUGCUACCAGGCCGAGUUCCAGGUUAUCUGCGUCAACAGACCUGUGGUUCUCGAGGCCCGCGCCAACAAGCACAAGAGCACCACCACCAAGGCCAAGAGCACCAAGGCCAAGAGCACCAAGACCAAGAGCACCAAGACCAAGAGCACCAAGACCAAGAAAACCAAGACCACCACCACCACUACUACCACUACUACUACCGCCACCACCAAGCCCGCCACCUCCAAGGCCACCUCCAAGGCCACCACCACCGUCGCGACCACCUCUAAGCCCGCCCCCUCCCCUUCGGCCACCGUCUCCCCUCCGUCGCCCUCUGGCCCCUACAAGCCCAUCGAUCUCUCCAGCCGCAUGGGCAAGCUUGUCAUCGGUUACUGGGGUGCCAACGGUAGCUACGGUGAGAAGAACCUCCAUGAUACUUGUGCCGAGGGCUCCUACGACGUCAUUGUUGUCUCCUUCCUGGACGUCUACGGCCACAAUGCUCCCCUGCAGGUCCACAUCGACCAUCCCUUCGCCGAGACUGCCAGCGGCAUCAAGUACUGCCAGUCCCAGGGCAUUGCCGUCCUGCUCUCUGCUGGUGGUGCCAACGGCGGCCAGUCCAGCCUGGGAUCUGCCGGCGAGGCCACUGACUUUGCCAACCGCCUCUGGAACACCUUCCUGAACGGCAAUGUCAACGACCCCACCCGACCCUUUGGCGAUGCUGUCUUCAACGGAUUCGAUCUUGACGUCGAAAACAACCUCCCCAACAACUACGACGCCUUUGCCAAGGCUUACCGCGCCCUCGCUCCCAAGGGCCAGUUCUAUCUCACCGCCGCUCCCCAGUGCUUCUACCCUGACGCCUCGAUGCACAUCGCCAUCGACAAUGCCGGCGGAGAGUUCGACUGGAUCAGCCCCCAGUUCUACCAGAACUACUGUGCUGCCGAGUACUACAAGGCCGGAGACAUCACCAACAUCGACGCUCGCUUCAACUACGCCCAGUGGGACCAAGUUGCCCAGCAGAAGGGCUUCAAGAUCGCCAUGGGUCUUCCCGCCUCGACGGUCGCUGGAUCCGGCUACCUCGCCCCCAACCAGGUCGCGCAGGUCGUCAGCGAGAUCAAGGGCAACUCGGCGGUUUCCUCCCGCUUUGCUGGCGUCAUGUUCUGGUCCACCGCCCACGCUGACAACAACAACAACUUUGGCGGCGCUAUCCGCAAGGUUCUCGGCUAAGCGCCAGUCCACCUCGUCCAGUCGCCCUGGAGUACCCCCUCCGUGCUUCCUUCCCUGAGUUGAUCUCCUAUUUCCUUUGCGCCGCUCAUAAUGAUCCUGGCAGAGCUUCAUACCUACAAAUAUAUACGGGCCAAAUGCAACCUUA